AUGGAAAAGGUUCGAGCUUCCGGAGUGUGCUACAACUGCCUAACCAAAGGUCAUCGCUCGAAGGAUUGUCCAUCAACCAAGAACUGCCAGAAGUGUGGUAAGCGACACCACACUCAGCUCCACGAAGAUCAACAACAACAACAACAACCGAAACCGAUGGCUACACCCACCACCCAAAUCGAUGCCCCUGCUCAAGCCGCACAACAACCAACCGUUUCGUCCAUGCCAUGCAAUUACACUGCUUCUCCCAAAACAGUUGGUUCUCAGGUAAAUUUCAUCACCGAUCAGUUGGCCAACACGCUACGUCUCGAGAAACGAAAGGUCGAAGUCCCAAUCGGUGGCAUCAACGAAAUUAGAACUGUCGCCCGCCAUCUCAUCAAGGUUCACCUCCAAUCACGCUGUAGUGAUUUCCGCAUCGAGCUAGAGUGUCUAGUCAUUCCGAAGGUGACUGGUCCGAUCCCAUCAAUCAACAUCGACAUCACCGAUUGGCAUUUCUCCCAUGGUGUCCAAUUAGCACAUCCGAACUUCUUCAAGCCCGAAAAAAUCGAUUUACUGAUUGGAGCAGCACUGUUCUUUGACAUCCUCAAGACCGGCCAUCUCACAUUGGAUCCCUGCUUACCCGAACUCCGAGAGUCACACUUUGGUUGGCUUGUGACUGGUACCCUGAUGUCGAAAUCCAACUAUGAGCCCAUCCAAUAUGCCCAACUAGCCUCGGUGGAAUCCAUCGAAAAUUCCAACCGCUCCGAAAACGACAGCCGAAGAGCAGCAAUGUACACCGUCCGAUUGCCGUUGAAACCAAAUGCCGACAAGCUGGACAGCUGUCGAAAUCUAGCAUUGAAAAGGUUUUUCAUGCUGGAAAAUCGUUUGCAACGAAAUCCUGAACUGUGGCCCCAGUAUGUUGAAUUCAUUCGUGAAUAUCAACUACUUGGUCACUGCCAAACCAUCAACGAAGCCGACGACCCGCCCCAGCGUGGGAAAUAUUAUCUUCCACAUCACGCUGUACUUCGCCCCAGCAGCACCACCACAAAGUGCAGAGUGGUGUUCGAUGGAAGCGCCAAAUCAUCCCCGUAUGGUCUUUCCCUGAACAACGUCCUGAUCGUCGGCCCAGUGGUUCAAAACGAUUUAUUUAGCAUUAUGCUAAGGUUCCGCAAACAUCGUUACGUCUUUACGGCUGACAUCGCCAAAAUGUACUAA